CCCAAUCGUCUCCAUUCUUCUCCCCCUGCCCUGCAGCUCAACUCGGGUAAAUAUAUAAGAUUAUAAGGAAAGAAAAAUCUGAGAAACCGCAUAGAGAAACGAUGAGAUCUUUUCACAUUGUAUUGAUCUUUUCACUUCUUUUUCUAUGCUGUAUGCGUCUUACCAAAGCCGAGGUCAUUACGCUCACGGCCGAUACCUUCAAUGACAAGAUAAAUGAGAAGCAUACUGCUUGGUUCGUGAAAUUUUGUGUUCCUUGGUGUAAGCAUUGUAAAAACUUGGGAACAUUAUGGGAAGAUUUAGGGAAGGCAACAGAAGGAGAUGAUGUGAUAGAGGUUGGAGAGGUUGAUUGUGGCACAACUAAAUCAGUAUGUCAAAAGGUUGAUAUCCAUUCUUAUCCAACAUUCAAGCUAUUUUACAAUGGAGAAGAGGCUGCAAAAUAUCAAGGGCCAAGGGAUGUGGAAUCACUGAAACUGUUUGCAUUAGAAGAGACAGAAAAGGCAGAAACGAAAGCCGAAAGCCACGAGGAUAAAGAAUUAUAACAUUAUUCUCUGGAAUUGGCAAACGGACUUGCAGAUGAUGAAGAAUGUACAAAGAAGUGGAUUGACUUGAUCGAAGGGGAAUUACAACAAAAGAUUUGUCCACCCUCUAAAGGAGUACGAAGAGAUACUUUGAAUACCGACGAGGUAGAACAAGUGAUAAACAUCUUAGACCCAAAAUCCUCAAAACGGAAAGGUGCUCCGCGAAAGAAUCGAUUGAAGUCCACAUUCGAGAAAAAGAGUCGAAAGCGAAAAGCGAAUAACAAAGCCUUUGGGGA